ACUAGUUGACUGCAAUUUAUACUUAGUUUAUUCUAUAUAAAUAAAUUGAAAUAAAUAAAUAAAAAAUGGAAUUAGUUAUUAAAAAGUGUUUAAUUGGAUUGACAUUCAUAGGAUUAAUUUUAAUAUGUCCAAUAUUAUGUGAUAGUAAAAUGUGGGAGUGUAAUAAGAAUGAUCUAGAUUUUGAAGAGUGUAUGCGAAUAAUUAUCCCUGAUGUAACUCGUCAAUAUUAUAUCGAUCGUGCAGGAGUACAGCAACAAAUAAGUACAGCGGUUUUUGUAAUUCUCCAAUUUUCUGGCAAAACUGGUGACAUUGAAUAUCUUUGUGAAGGUAUCGAUGUAUGGGGUUUCAACGAUAAUUUAGCAGUGACAAAUUACGUUGCUGAUUGGGAUAAAAAUGAAUUAAAAAUAACUACAAAAAAUCCAAAAAUAACUGUUGAUUCAGCACAGUGUACAGAUGGCAAUUUAGGCAAAAUAUACGAGCGAGGUGAAGGAAGUGAUGUUAAAAUAAAACUGUAUCAAGUGAAAAUGGAACAUACUAUAAAUUUUAAUACCAGUCGAGCAGGCCAAGUUUACAUUGACGAUUGGAGAGUUAAAAUAAAUCCAGGUGGAGUUUUAAUUGAUCACCCCGAGAAUAUGGGAGUAAGUGAUAAAUCAAGGAAAGGAUUUGAAAUCAUUGAAAAAGGUCUUGGAAAAGCUAUUGGUAAAGUUUUUAAAAAUUUUGCAAAUCACGAAGAAGAAUAAGAAGUUCCUGAGUCAAACUAGAUUAUUAUUCAAGAGACGAAAAAUUAUAUGUAAAUUAGUAAUAAUAAUAUUUUAAAUAAUGAGUUAGAGUCCACUAUACACUGUAGUGUCAUGAAAAACAAAAAAA